AUGACCCUUAAGGGUCUAAAAGAUGAGUGUAAGAAUAGGUGGAAUGUGAUGUUGAGCUCUUUCCAGGUGUAUAGGGCAAAAUUAAGUGCUUUAGAAAUGAUUCAUGGUGCUUGUGAUGAACAAUAUGCUCAUCUAAGAAACUAUGCUGAAGAGUUGCUUAGAAGCAAUCCUGGGAGUAGUGUUAAGAUUCAAUGCAAGCCUGGUGUUGGGGGGGUAUUUUUUCAGAGAAUGUAUGUCUGUUUCAAUGCUUGUAAAAGGGCAUUUGUGAGUAAUUGUAGGCCAUUGAUAGGACUUGAUGGAUGUUUUCCGAAAGGGAGGUAUGGUGGACAUCUGUUAUCAGCUGUUGGUAAAGAUGGUAACAAUCAAAUGAUACCCAUUGCCUUUGCUGUUGUGGAAGCUGAAACAAAAGAUUCAUGGGAUUGGUUUAUGGAUCUGCUUCUAUCAGACUUGAAUGGAGUAGAAUUCAAAAGAUGGUCUUUCAUAUCAGACCAACAAAAGGGUUUGGUGAAUACCAUAGCUGCUAUUGGGGAGCAUGUUGAACACAGGUUAUGUGUCAGACAUUUGUAUGGAAACUGGAGGAAAAGGCAUGCUGGAGAGAAAUUGAAAGAAGCUUUGUGGAAAGCUGCCAGGGCCUGCACAAUGCCUGAGUUCAACAAAGCUAUGGAGGAUCUGAAAAGAUUAAGUGUGCCAGCUUGGGAGGAAAUGAGGCAGUAUGCAGCAGGUAUGUGGUCUAGGGCAGGAUAUAGCACUCACACAAAUUGUGACUUGCAAGUCAAUAAUAUGUGUGAGGCAUUUAACUCUGCAAUCUUAGAGUUAAGGGAUUUACCAAUUAUAUCACUUGUUGAGGGAUUGAAGUUCUAUAUCACAAAUAGGAUAGUUAAGUUAAGAGAUUACAUGUUAAGGUAUGAAGGGGAAAUUUGUCCAAUGAUAAGAAAGAUUGUGGAAAAGGCUAAGAAAGAUACAAUUGGUUGGACACCAAUUUGGUGUGGUGAUAGGGAGUCUUCUAUGUUCUCUGUGACUGAUGGAACUGACACAUAUGCUGUCAAUCUCAAAGACAAAACAUGUGCAUGCAGAAAAUGGGAUUUAAGUGGUAUCCCUUGUCCUCAUGCCAUUGCUGGAAUUUACACUACACCAUUUAUCCUUUUUAACAACAAUCGAAAAAUGUUGCCAGAACUAAGGAAAACGUCCCCUAAAGGUAUAGGGGACGUUUUUCGGGCGUCUCCUAUACGAGCGUCGCCUAUAGUCUUUGGGGACGACUUUUCAUGUUCUUUGGGCACAGUUUUUGAAAACGUCGCCUAA